AUGUACGAAUAUAUAAGUUGGUUCAUUGGAGUUCCGUACGCCACCCCGCCCAUCAACUCUCUAAGAUUUAGAAAAACAGUGAAAGCUAAACCAUGGUUAGGUGUGAGAAGAGCCACAAAGUUUGGCUACGUGUGUCCGCAGAACUACACGGGAGGCACUUUGAAGUACAUCGAGAACGAGGACUGCCUCUUCCUCAACAUUUACUCGCCCACACAGGAGGUAAAGAAUAAAACGUACUUUCCCGUGAUGGUGUUCAUUCACGGAGGAUCGUACUUGGUGGGCAGUGGUAACACUUUUCAGGGCGAUACUUUGGCGCAGCAUGGAGUGGUCGUCGUCACCAUCAAUUACAGGCUUGGCGUUUUAGGUUUCUUGUCGGCGAAAAAUUCGAUAUUGAAAGGUAACUAUGGACUGCACGACCAAAUAGAAGCUUUGAAGUGGAUUCAAGAAAAUAUCAGAAGUUUUGGUGGCGAUCCUAAUCAAGUGACCAUUUUUGGCAACAGUGCAGGUGGCUCCAGUGUCGGCAUUUUGUCAUACUCGCCUGCCGCAAAAGGUCUAUUUAAACAAGCGAUAAUGCAAAGCGGUUCAGCUUCUGCAUUUUGGGCUCAACACACUAACGACUCGAUCGAUUACGAGCAUUACGUUAGAAGCAUGGCCAAUUACGUUGGAUGCAGACACGAUCCCUUUGAAGAUUUGGUCGAGUGCUUACGACAGGUCCCAUGCUACAACCUUGACUUCAAUAAAAUGCAAUCGGAGAAAGCGGUUAGAUCUCUACAAAUUUUAUUGGACUGUUGUAUUUAA